GGUGAACGUUUUCAGCCCGGUCCUCACGGAGCGCGUCACUCUGAGGAAUAGCCAAUGACUACGUGAACAGGGUACCCAUUGUCCAAUAGGAGCGGAGUUCGCUGCAGUGGGCGGGUCCCCGAGCCUGCAGCAGCAGGAGGCUGAGCGCGCGCUGCUUUCCAUAAAAUCACACAGGAUCGAAGAUAUGCCACCGCUGAGGUGUGCUGGAGAUCCAGCCCGGACACUCUGAAGCCCAACAGCCGCCACUUUAGCGAACUGUCGGUUGUAUAAGUGCGCUGAGCGUUCAGUCUGACAGGCAGUGAUGAGGGCGCUGAUGAAGCUCUGCUGAUGACCGUGUCAUCCUGUAGGGCCCGAUGUCUCCAGCAGCUCCACUGUUUCCCGUUGACGCCAGGCAUGAUGGCUCCAAGUGUGCGGCGAGCCCUCUGACGGGCUGACCACAACGCCCCUAAACCUCUAUAAGACUCCCGAAAUCCAGGAAUUAGCCAUGCCCCGCUCGCCGCCAACACCUGGAGCUAUGGGAACGUGCCCACGCGCCAGCAGCUGUGGAUUGUAGGCCGAGCAGAGGGACGCGUCUACUUCACGUUCGGAGACGUUACAAUGCUAUGAGCCACCCGGACAGUGAGUGAGUGAGUGAGUGACAGUGGAACAGCGUGUGUGACAGAGAGAACUGCGACAUGAAGGAGAAGUCCAAGAAUGCCGCCCGGACCCGACGGGAGAAGGAAAACAGUGAAUUUUACGAACUGGCCAAACUGUUGCCGCUGCCCUCCGCCAUCACCUCCCAGCUGGACAAAGCGUCCAUCAUCCGACUGACCACCAGCUACCUGAAGAUGAGAAUAGUGUUUCCCGAAGGCCUUGGGGAGUCCUGGGGUCAUGUGAGCCGCAGCACUUCUCUGGAUGGAGUCAGUCAGGAACUAGGCUCCCAUCUCUUACAGAGCCUCAGUGUGUCCUGCAGCCCCUCUCACAUCAGCAGCAACACAAUGGAGCAGAGAGAACCACAGGUUGGCCAGUCUUGGUCAGACAGACACAGACGAGUGCUGAGCAGAGCUCCAUGUCGGGCGAUCACGGUAACAGGACUGUCAGUUACCGAGUGGAGAGGACCAGAGGUUUACAAGCUUAUCAAACAGACAUUAGAUGGCUUCAUUUUUGUGGUGGCUCCAGACGGGAAAAUAAUGUAUAUAUCAGAAACAGCAUCUGUCCACUUGGGCCUGUCGCAGGUAGAAUUGACGGGAAACAGCAUUUAUGAAUACAUCCACCCAGCAGACCACGAUGAAAUGACAGCCGUCCUCACAGCACACCAGCCUUACCAUUCACACUUUGUCCACGAAUAUGAGAUGGAACGCUCUUUCUUUCUGAGAAUGAAAUGCGUCCUCGCUAAAAGAAACGCUGGUCUUACCUGUGGUGGCUACAAGGUGAUCCACUGCAGUGGCUACCUGAAGAUCCGUCAGUACAGCCUGGACAUGUCUCCGUUUGACGGCUGCUAUCAGAACGUGGGACUGGUGGCUGUCGGCCAUUCAUUGCCACCCAGCGCUGUUACUGAGAUCAAACUGCACAGCAACAUGUUCAUGUUCAGAGCCAGCCUGGACAUGAAGCUCAUCUUCCUCGACUCACGGGUUGCAGAGCUGACAGGCUACGAGCCUCAGGAUCUGAUAGAGAAGACACUCUACCAUCAUGUCCACAGCUGUGACUCUUUCCACCUGCGCUGUGCUCAUCACUUGUUGCUGGUGAAAGGUCAGGUCACAACUAAGUACUACCGUUUCUUGGCCAAGCAUGGCGGCUGGGUCUGGGUCCAGAGUUAUGCAACCAUUGUACACAACAGCCGAUCAUCCCGACCUCACUGCAUUGUCAGUGUCAACUAUGUUCUCACGGAGACAGAGUAUAAAGGCCUCCAGCUCUCUCUGGACCAGGCCACAUCCAAGGCCUCUUUCCCAUACAGCAGCAGCACCACCAGCAGCCUCGUGGAGAACUGCAGAACUCCCAAGAGCAGAGUAUCCCGACCCAAGACCAAAGCUAGACUCUCACCAUACACACAGUAUCCUAACUUCCAGACGGAGCGGUCAGAAUCUGACCAGGACAGUCUGUGGGGUAGCAGCCCCCUCACCGACUCAGCGUCCCCUCAUCUACUGGAGCACACAGAAGGCCUUGAUGCCUCCUGUGUCUACAGGCAAUUCACUGAUCCUCGCAUGCUCUGCCAUAGCUUGUCCGAAGAACAGCAUCACACCACCAGUGAUGGCUACUCACACCUUCAUGCGCAUGGUCAAGGUCAAAGUUGUGAACGGAGUCGAUGUGAGGCUGGACGAUAUUUUCUUGGAGCACCACCAUCCGGCAGGGAUGCGUGGUGGGGUCCUGCCCGGUCCAUCUUACCAUUAAGCAAGAACUCCUUGGAGAACCAAGAGGGACAUAACAGCAGUAUGCCACACAUCACAGCCAUCCACAGCUACCAUGGCCGGGGCCACUGGGAUGAUGACAGCGUAGUCAGCUCCCCAGAUGGAGGCUCGGCGAGUGACUCAGGGGAUCGGUAUCAAGCUGACCACUACCGCUGCAGCCCACAUGAACCCAGCAAGAUUGAGACACUGAUCCGAGCCACACAACAGAUGAUCAAGGAAGAAGAAUGCCGACUUCAGCUGCGCAAGGGCCCUCCAGAUGCCCCAAUGGGACCAGCUAAUGGGCUGCCAAAGGGCCCUGGUCCAUGCUUCACCCCAGAAUAUACUCAAGGGCCACUGCCUCUCCAGACUGUGGUGUGUCGAGGUUUGAGUCAGGUGAUCAGCCCUGCGCCUAGUCCUGCCCCCCUAUCCAGGCUCAGCAGCCCAGGGUCAGAGCACCUCCACAAGCCCAAAGACUACCUCCAGACAGAUCUUUCUCCACUUUCUUUGCCAUUACACCACCCAUUUGGUCGGCCGGGCCCGUGCUCAACUUCCCCCACCCCGGCCCCAGCCCUCUACCCCUCUCAUGCCCACCCACGGCCCUACUUGGACAAACAUACAGCCUUCUCUCUGACAGGCUACACUCUGGAGCACCUAUAUGACCCAGAGAGCCUCCGGGGCUACUGUACAUCCGCCAGCACAGGCCCCACGCACUACGAUAUGACCCCUCACCUCCUUAUACCUGCAGAGCAGACACCCGGACACAAAGGCACCUCUGUCAUUAUCACCAAUGGCAGCUAACACUCAUCUAACACACACAUCGGGACUGCGGGCACACAGCCGGAGCUGGUUAGCUUCGUUGCAACAUUAGUCCAUUGUCAUUAUGGAUAAUGUUAACUUGUUUUUCCAUCAUACCGGUCAAUUGUGAUUCAAAUCUCAUUUUUUAUUUCAUCAUAGAGCUAGAGUACAUGAUAGCUAUAUUUCCAAUUAUCACUCACUUUCCACACUCUGCAAAAGAACAUGUCAGUGUAUAGUGAAUAUUGUCAAGCGGUUAUAACAAGAUCACAUUAUUAUAGCAAUGCUCGUAAUUCCGUAAUGUUUUUGUAUUGGAGAGUUUCGUCUCUACAACAGAGAAAGAAUAGUUUGGUGAAUUUAUUUGCUUCCUCUUGCCCAAAGGAUCUGGAUCCGAAAUAGAUUCAUUUUCAAAUAGUGGGACACAGUCCGAUAGGGACCAAGAGACAGUUGAGCCUGACUAAAGGACUGAUGGAAAAUUAGACCAUUCCAAAGUGUAGUCCACCACCGAGAACACAGACUCUGUCAGCAGAAAGAUGGUCUUGGGUACUAGGAAUUAGUUGGGCCUGUGAGGAUCUUUGUUAUGUAGCCUUUAUGUUUGCGGCCAUUUUAUUUCUUCUUGGUUUGCUCUCUAUGGUUGAGCAGAGACUUGUCAGUGUGGUCAGCAGCAACAUUCAAAACACGUGUGUACACUGUUGGAAAUUAAAGUAUGUCCUGCAGCAUUGUCAGACAUCUGUUCCCAUCAACUGCAACAUCCCUUCACUCAUUCACCAAUUUCUCCAUGUGAGAAAAAGUGUGUAAACUUGAUUUUAAUAUGCAAAUUUAAAAUGUCAGCAAAUUGCUCUGUAGACCUACAAUGGCAUUCAUUAGUGCCCAUACCUUCUCCAAGGCCCAACGUUCCAAUUUUGUACUUAUGGAUACCCUUUACCCUUAGAGAUACCAGCCACCUAAAGACACCUGAUUUGUGCAUUAUUCCCUGAGAAAUAAACACAAUUUAUAAAAAAAAAAAAAAAAGUAAACUCAGUCCAUUCGGGCUGAGACCCAUCUUCCAUACAAGACUCAUGUAAAUCCGCUCAGUGGUUCUUGUGUAAUCCUGCAAACAGACUUGGGUGAAAACAGAAGCUCCUUGCUGGAGUUAAUGAUCUGACACCACUAUUAGCAGAGCCAUAUUUUAUGUCUGUUCCCUAUAAAACUUUAUCAAAUCACUGUUGAAAAUCUGUUUUAUGUGACAGUGCACUGGUUAAGGUUUGGUGAGGUUGUAAAAAAUCACGUGGCUGGAUUUAGGUUGGGGUAGCUUUGUCAUCAUGGUGACAGUAACUUAGGCACACAGUAGAGUGCAUAACUCCAAGAGCCAAGGUCCAACAGUCCUUUUUCAACACUGAAUAAAGCCCCCAUAACUUCUUAACUAUAAUUUAAGAUCACCAGAUCUAGGAUCCAAAUCAAAUUGUAUUCACUUCUAGAUGAUAGAGUUUAAUGGAAAUCCAUUCAUUAGUUUCCUUGUAAUCCUGCUGACCAACCGACAAACAAACCGACGCAGGUGAAAACACAAGCUCUUCCAUGGACAUAAUAACCACAUCAUUAGGAUCAGGGAACCAUCAAGAUCAUGCUAGGAAUUAAAAGCAGUGUUGACUGUGAGUUUGAAACAAGAGACAAGUCUCUCUAUUUCUUGCUGUUUCAUCUAUCCACGCUGACGUGCUCCCCAGACAUUGUCCCUCUAUAACACCACCUGACUUCCUCCUUUGCUUCUACUACCUCCAGUUGAGGGCUGUGCUGUUUGAAUAUAAAUGUAUGUCAUUCGGAGGCUCUUGCUGACACAACUGAUGCUGUGGUUUUGGGGAAGACAGUCUCCAAAAUGUAAUGAAAACAUGUGGAUGGAAACAUACUUAAUGAUGAGACAUCUGUAAUGAGAAAUCUGCACGUUUGAGCAGAAGCUCUGCAUUAUUGCUGUGACAAACAUCAACUAGCUGGUAUGGUACAUGUUUUACUGCCAACGUUUCAUUUUAGAAUUAAUAUAAAUUGAUUUUAUUUUUGUAAGUUAGACAUAGUCAAAAUUGAUCGGUAUGAUGAAAAAGAAGCGAACACAGUGAAAUUGAGGCCCUGCUUUAACAUUCGUCCCCAUGUGUGUAACCUUUUGCACUAUAAGAGAUGGAGUUUCUCUCCUUGUUUUUCAAUGCAUUUAGGGGGGGAAAGACAGGUGUGGGUGUUGUGCACUUUGCAGUGAUGCAUACUAAUUAAACUUCACAGACUAAUAUGCAAAACCAUUCUCUUGAUGUUACUUUUCUCAAAGUUUUGGUAUCUUGCAGGAAAGUAAGGAAGAAAAGGAAGGUACAGGGCUGACUGUCAAGAUAAACAUGACUGUACAGCGAGCAGACGGACACUGUUGGACGUGGAUUGUUGGAUGUGUUGAAAUAGUUGACACAGAACGUCUUCUGCUUCAGUACAUGUUGAAUAAUCACGGUGGAGGGAAAAUAUUUGAUUGGCACGGCAAUAAAAUUACCUGAUCAUCGCAGUAUCACCGAAGGAAAUAGCAGAAGAUAUGAGGAGAAAUGUAUGUUUUCAAUCCUGAUAUCUGUGGAAAUCAUUUGAGUAACUGUCGGAAAACUGACACUUGUGAUAAUAUGCAAUUUGACCUGUAGAAUGCCAGGUGAGGCAGCUUAAUUGCAUUCAUUACGACGGAUCCCUGAAGCAACUGUUAAUUAUUGUUAUGUGGGCAUGUUUGUACAGCAGGAUUCUUGUUUUCUCUUGGAUUUUCUUCUUUUUGUCCUCUUCAGUCCUUAGAUGAACCUAUAUUUAUACAAGUUUGGAUUUUUUUUUUUUUUUUCAUUUUGUCAAAGCCUGAAAUGUGCUUCAUCUCCUAAAAAGUUAUUUAUGGUGUACUGUAAAUAAGCUCAGAAAAGAUAAUCUCAUUAAGCACAUGGACAAAAAAACUGUAUUUAUUGAGUAAAUGUUUCUUUAUGAUUUUGAAAUAUAGCUGCAAUCAAAUCCAGUCUAACUGCUUGUAUAUUGAGUGUGUUUUUGACUGAAGCAAAUUCUAAAAGAAGACAAAAUAAAAUCA